GUCCUGUUUGCCUUCCCGUACUCCUGGACUGUAGUCUGCGGUGUGUAGAGGAUCCAGUCCGCAGGCUGCAGCUGUCAGUGCUGGUACUUGUGUCUCUGAGAAGGAAUGUAAAUGUCUGAGGACAAGGAAGCCCAGGAGGAUGAGCUGCUUGCUUUAGCAAGUAUUUAUGAUGAGGACGAGUUCCGCCGAGCCGAGUCGGCUCAGGGGGGAGAGAUUCAGCUCUGUUUGGAGCUUCCUCCUGAUUUCAAAAUUGUUGUUAAAGGAGAGAAUAAAUCAGAAUACAAUGUGUGCUUCUUGCCUCCUCUGGUCCUCAACUUCGAGCUUCCUGCAGAAUAUCCUUCCACGUUAUCACCAAUCUUUACUCUCAGCUCCAAAUGGAUAACCAGAGCACAGAUGAGUUCUCUGUGCAGACGUCUGGAUGAGCUGUGGGAGGAGAACCAGGGCUGCGUGAUCCUGUUCACAUGGAUCCAGCUCCUCAAAGAGGAGGCUGUGGACUUUCUUGGCAUCCAGUCUCCCCUUGAAGUCACCAGAGGAGGAAGUAAGGCAGGUGGGGAGCGCAGGAAAACCGACCCAGCAGCUACAGCUCUGACGCAGCCUGGGAGUCUUUCUGAAAACGCUGAGGGGAGGAAAAGAGAAGUGAAGAAGGGAAAGUCUGAAAUGCAGUUGGCAGCGUCUUCUCAACUGGACCCGCGCACCGUCCUGUUGAGGGACCCACAUUCUGACCUCCUACCUCAGCUCCUGGACUUUGAUGAGGCGCAGCGCCAGAAGGUGUUCGACAGCAAAGGGUUCUGCUGUGGGAUCUGCUUCUUAGAGAAGCUGGGCUCCAUGUGCCUCUGCUUUAAGGAGUGCCAGCAUGUCUACUGCAAGGCCUGCAUGACCGAAUACUUCCAGAUCCAAAUACGGGACGGCAACGUUCAGUGCCUUAAUUGCCCUGAGACAAAAUGUACCUCCUUAGCCACACCAUCGCAGGUGAAGCAGCUGGUGGAUGAAGAGCUGUUUGCCCGUUAUGACCGCUUGCUGCUUCAGUCGUCUCUGGACCUCAUGGCCGACGUGGUGUACUGUCCCCGUCAGUCCUGCGGCACCGCCGUCAUGGUGGAGCCAGACACGACCAUGGGCAUUUGCACUGCCUGCCAGUAUGCUUUCUGUACGCUGUGCAAGCUCGGAUAUCACGGCGUCUCCAACUGUAAAAUCCCUGCAGAUGAGCUGCGUAAUCUCAGAGACGAAUACCUGUCAGCCACGUCUCAGGGGAAAAAGUUCUUGGAGCAGCGCUUUGGGAAGAGGGUGAUCCAGAAAGCGGUGGAAGAAUCCUUUAGCAGAGACUGGCUCAAUGAGAACUGCAAAUCCUGUCCACGCUGUGGAACCAAUAUCCAGAAAGUGGACGGCUGCAACAAGAUGACCUGUACCUCGUGUAAACAAUACUUCUGUUGGCUGUGCCUGGGCGUCCUAAGCCGAGUCAACCCAUACAGCCACUUUAACAACCCACAUUCACCCUGUUAUAACCAACUCUUCCAAGGUGUGGACCUGGACGACGAAGAUGCCUUGUGGAGCGAUGAGGAGGACUGAGCUCAGUGCGGUGCCUUCCGAGCCGUUCGCUCCUUCUGAAUGCACUUUAGCUCAUGAUACCAUCUCUUCACCUCCUCUAUGUCUGGAUAAGAACAACCGUUUACCGAGAUAUGAAGUUCGAACAUGACGUGGCCUCUUGCGUAUUAAAACAUUCAAUGCCUGGGUGACUUUUCUUCAUAUUCAUGUAAAAAAAAAAAAAAAAAAUCCCUCUUCAGGUUAUUACCCUUAAUGAUUUUGCCACUAAGCCACACUUUUAAACCAGAGGUUUGUUUUUAUUGUUUUAAUUUUAGUUUUGUAUUUUUUUCUUUUUUUGCCAAGGUCCAUAGUGGGGGAACUCUAACGCAGACAUGACGGGUCAUCUUUUGUUUGGAUGCAGUUUUUGGAGAGACUAUAUGCGCGGAUUUCAUUCAUUAUUUUCAUUUGUCCUUACAGAUUGUCAUAACGGAGGAUAUUCAUGACAGGACGUCCUCUGAUUGGGCUACUGGGGUUGCGAUUAUGGGUGUGUGUUUGCCUGUUAGAAAAGCAAAUCUCUCGUUAAACAGCCAGGGUAUUGAAAUUAUGGUUAUAACUACAUUUAUUCACACUUUGUACAACUGACAUUUUAAUGUUGCCAAAUGUUAGUGUCAGACGGAGGCCAUGCUCUGUUGGUUAUGUCUAAAUACAAAAACGAUUUUGUAUGUUAAUUUAUGAAUUUUUUCUUUUUCAAAUCAGAUUACAUUGAGGACUCUGAUGCAAGCAGCUUUUGUCUCAGUUUGAACUUGCAUCAGAUCGUAUUUUCAUUAUUCAAUGCUUCAAAAUUUAAAGUUGGUCGGAUCUGUUGAAAAGACGAUCCUCCGUUCAGAAUAGCACAGAUUCAACUUUCCCGUCAACGCAGACCCACUUUCACUUCAUGCCUCACGUUUGAAUAAAGGAUUUACAGAAUCCUGCUGCAAGGCAUUGAACAUUCUGUUCCUCAAAAUAAAUGUUACCACGGAA